AUGGGCCCCUGUACCGCCUCCUCAUGCUGCUGCCAGGCCCGUAAUCUGCCAUGGGCCCCUGUACCGCCUCCUCAUGCUGCUGCCAGGUCCAGAGUGUCUCAUGGGUCCCUGUACGGCCUCCCAUUGCUGCUGCUGUCUCCAUCGCCACACUCUGCCAUGUGCCACUUUCAGGUCUCCUCACACUGCUGGUGGGUUCCAUUUUGUCAUAGGGUGCUGGCAGAUUACGGGCCUCCCAUUGCUGCUGCCAGGCCCGUAAUCUGCCAUGGGCCCCCCCCCUCCUCAUGCUGCUGCCAGGCCCGUAGUCUCUCAUGGGGCCCCUGUACCGCCUCCUCAUGCUGCUGCCAGGUCCAGAGUGAGUGUGUCAUGGGUCCCUGUACGGCCUCCCAUUGCUGCUGUCUCCAUCGCCACACUCUGCCAUGUGCCACUUUCAGGUCUCCUCACACUGCUGGUGGGUUCCAUUUUGUCAUAGGGUGC